AUGGCAGAGUCAAUUAUGAAUCAGUUAAACAAAAUGUUUGACUUAUUGAAGCGAAAUUAUCUAGACGAUCAUCCAGCUAUGAUUAUGGAAUGUUUGGAGACAAAUAAUAUUACUUUACCAAUCCAAGACGAUGAGGCUGGCUGUUCUGAUGAGAAUUCAGAUAAUGACAAUGAAUCAGGAGCGCCUCAAGUUAAUGAUGCCUCCAAGACUAAAGAACCUGAGGUGGUGAAAAAGAAAGUAGUUCUUCCAGAUAUGGAGAUGUUAAAAAACAACAUCAAGUCUAUGGCCACGGAAAACAGGCUGAUGCGUAUAAUGAUUCCUAUUCUUCCAAACCUGAAUGAUAGAACUAAGCAAUCAGAACUUGAAGUGUAUGUUCGUGCGGUUAAGGACUACUACGAUAACGGCAUCACCUUUGGGAAUUGGGAUCAACAAUACAAUACGCAGGAUGUUACCAUAUUUUUUGCUUAG